UCCCCUGUACCCCCGCAACCCGGGCGGACUAGUGGGGGGUCGGAGUUGGGCGGACCAGCUUUCCUGGUCCUCUGCCCACAGAGCUGACGUGUCCUGGGUUCCAGGCGAUGAGCAUUUCCACGGGGCGGGAGGGUUCGGGGCGUCCAGAGUGGUGGGUACAGGCACGUCGCUGGCGCUUUCCUCCCUCCUGUCCCUGCUGCUCUUCGCUGGGAUGCAGAUGUAUAGUCGCCAGCUGGCCUCCACCGAAUGGCUCACCAUCCAGGGCGGCCUGCUUGGUUCCGGCCUUUUCGUCUUCUCUCUCACUGCCUUCAAUAAUCUGGAGAAUCUUGUCUUUGGCAAAGGAUUCCAAGCAAAGAUCUUCCCUGAGAUUCUCCUCUGCCUCCUGUUGGCUCUCUUUGCAUCAGGCCUCAUCCACAGAGUCUGUGUCACCACUUGCUUCAUCUUCUCCAUGGUUGGUCUGUACUACAUCAACAAGAUCUCUUCCACUCUGUACCAGGCAACAGCUCCAGUCCUCACACCAGCCAAGGUUACGGGCAAGGGCAAAAAGAGAAAUUGACCCUGAAUGUCUAAUAAAGUUGAUUCUUUGUAGCUCUGA